AUGGACGACUCUCCCUAUUCUGAGUUUAUCCAGAAGAUAAACAAGAACGAUGUUGACGCAAAAAUCAAUGGCGUCUCCAAGUUACAACAGCUCUUUGAGAGCGGCGUGGAAGUCACGGACUCGGAUCCAAUCAUUCAAGCCCUCAAAACAUGCCUCCGCACAUCGAACCAACAUCUUCAGACCGCAACGCUCUCUGCUAUACCCCCUUUCCUCUCUCUUAUCUUGUCACAUACCCUCAGCCGACCCUUGCCCACUUCCGGCCCCGCUUCUUCAACCGCAUCCACAUCUUCCGCUGGCUCAUCUUCCAUCGACACGCCAACUCUCCGUCAAAUCCUUGCGGCAUUCCUUCCUUCUCCUGGUAUCAUCGAGCGCCUGAGUGAUGCGAAAGAGAAGAACAGAGACAAGGCGCGCGAGAGUCUAGUCGUCCUCGGCGGGUUCGCGUUUCGAACAGGCAGCUCUUCGUUGACGAAAUCCGGAAGUGGAAAGGGGCAGGAGCCUCCUAUGCUGAUAUUCGAAAGAUAUCUCAAAGAGAGUGGGCUUGGGAGUAAGGUUUGGAGAGUCCGCGAGCAGUCCAUUCUGACUUUGGUUCAUAUCCGACGCAAUCACCAUAUGUUCCCUCUUCGUCCUUAUCUCUCGCUUCUGGUUGAGGCACUUGAAGAUGGUGACAGUACUGUCCGCGAAGUUGCUCGUUCUUCUGUUGUAGAACUAUUCACAGGACCCGGCGUGACCGACGCCGCACGUUCUGACCUCAAAAAGGAGCUCACCAAGAAAGGCGUCCGGAAAGCCAUCAUCGACGAUGUUCUCGCUAAAGUGCUCGGCGGGCGGAGUGGAAAUGGAAGUGAGAUGGGAUCGGAGAAUGGAGACGCUCCUGCGCCGGCGAAGAAAGAAUACAUUCCGCCGAGCCUGGCUUUGCAGCAGAGGAAGAAUCCGUCGUCUUCUUCGACGUCCACGUUGGAGAGGCCUGGCGGUGCGAGCGGUGGAAUGUCGAGGUCGGUUAGUCAAGGGACCGGGUUAUCGAGACCGCCCAGUAGGGCUGCUGCACUAUCCUCGUCUACACCUGCAACUCCGGUGGGAGAGGGUAAUUCAGACGUGCAGCCUGUUUAUAUUGCUUCAAGCAAGGAUCUAGAGAAUGAGAUCGAGAAACAUUUUGGAUCAGCAUUUGAGGGCAAAGAAACCGAGCAUAACUGGUCGGCCCGAGAUCAAGCUGUCAUUCGGGUACGAGGUAUGCUCAAGGGUGAAGUUCACGUACACUUUCGAGAAACGUUUUUGUCACACUUGAAGCAGAUAGCAGAGGCCUCGAUUAAGACGCUGUUGAGUCUUCGAACCAUCGUUGCCACAAGCACCUGCGCACUUUACACUGAGCUAGCCAUUGCUCUUGGUCCGGCUCUUGACCCAGUCUGCGAAGUCAUCCUCAGGAACCUGCUGAAGAUGUCCGGUUUUACGAAGAAGAUUGCUGCUCAAUCCUCACAAGCCUGUGUUACCACUGUUCUGACUCACAUAUCUGCUCUACCCCGCGUGAUCAUCCCUCUCCUGGCUGAAUUCACGAAGGAGAAGACAGCUCAAGCACGCCAAUACGUGGCUGAACACCUCAAUGUCUAUAUCACUACGCAUGGCGCACGCUCGAAGUAUCUUAUUGAAGCGCACGGACUCGACAAACUCGACGAAUCCCUGCGCAAGGUUCUUAUAGAUGCCAACCCGGGAGUUCGCACCAACGCUCGGAUGGCCUUUUGGGCGUUCCAAGCUGUUUGGCCCGAACGAGGUGCUCUUAUCAUGGCAGCUCAGGAUGCGACAAAUCGCAAACAACUCGAGAAGGCCUGCCCGAACCCUGACAUGCUCGAAUCCGUCCCUCCUACUCCCGCUCCCGUGGCGAAGAAAUCUGUGGCGCAGCAGAUCGCGGCGACGAGGGCGAAGGCGAGGGUUAUUAACCAUGAUCCUCCGUCAUUGCGCCACCAGGCCACCUCAGCCGCACGGACGAUAUCUCCCCCUCAGAAACGCGCGAUCUCGCCUUCGAUGUCUUCCAAGAGCCUCAGCGAGCGCGCCCCGUCUCCCGUCUCAAGGCAGUCGACUGCUUCACCGUCGUCUCCUAGGCAGCGAAUUGUGUCGAGCGGGAGUGCGACGAUGAGCAAAUCGAGGGUAGUGUCGCAUUCGAGGACACCCUCGAGCGAGUCCGUUCCGUCCACGUUUUCUGUGCAGCGGCAUCCUAUCCCGACAAUAACCCAUCAACCUCCCCCUCCGAUCUCUCCCCCACGAGCUUCCGUACUGAAAAGAGCGAUGCUAACCGCCUUGCCCGCUUCGCCACCUUCUACCGUCCUCACACCGCCCACGCCGACACCUAGGAAGAAUUUCGACAUCCCUCCUAUCGCUUCUCAAGAACCACCUCCCCGUCUCAAUUUCAAUAUUCCCAGAGAUUCUGAUGCCAUGGACUUCACCACCGAGCCAUCGCUCCUCACCGCCAUAGCUAUUCCUCUACCCGAGGACGACAGUGACUCAGACAUGGACCUGGACGACCCCAACCUCAUCUCUUUCUCAUCUCCCUUCGAGAAAUAUCCCCCUCCUUCAGGAGCUCAUCCGCCUGUUCCUCUGUCUCCACAAUCCCUGACGCGCUCCCGAAACAACUCGAACUCGCCACGUUCCACCGGCUCUAGACUCGGAAUGUCGUCCCCUCCGGCCAGUGCUGGUCAACCUCUCGUGGAAGAUGCCAUGCGCGCACGAGCAGAGCAAGCCGAAAGCGCCGCCGAAAGGCUCCUCGAGCUCGUCGAACCCGACGAGACGAUCAAUCAAGAACCACAGCACUCCCUCCUGCUGAGCAGUAACUCGGCCACACAGAGGAUGAAGCUGCAGCAGGUGACACCACCGAGGACGACGUCGGGGAUGCAAGUGAGGCCGUUGACGACGACGGUGAGGGCGCCAGUGACGCCGCAGGGGAAGAGCACGAUUUGGAAACAGGUGGCUGCGUUCCAGGAUAGCCCGGCUUAUAAAGGAGGGAAGGGCGCGCCUUCGCUGAUGGGGGAGUUGAAGACCGCUGCGAGGUCGAAGAAUGAUAGUGCGUGGUGGAGGAAGAGGAUGGCUUUGGUCACUCAGCGGAGGCCAACGAGAUCUUCUGAUCCGUUUAGCGAACUCCAAGGGUACAUCUCUCAGCUGGAGCAAGGCACGGCAGAUGUGGCCAUGCUCCAGAAAUUAGCGUUGUUCUGCAGCGCUCAUCCCGCCACGGACCUCAUCUCACCUCUCAGUUCGAAUCUCUCCUUCCCAUCCAGUCCUUCGCCCCUAUCAAGCUCGCAUCUGGGCAGCGGCAGUAGUUUGUCGAAGAAGGAUGUGUGGUCCGCGAGCAAGAAUUUCGAUAGGCUGUUAAGCGGACUGGACAAGUUCAUGGUACCGGAGCAGCCUGACGAACUGUUGGAGUACGGCCUGAUCGCACUUUGGGAGAUGUUGGAGCAUCAGCCUCUGCACGCUGAAGGACGCGAAGCCGACAUCUUCACUAUUCUCCUCCGGGUUCGAUACUCCAACAAACAACUCGUCAUGGAAGCAACCAACACUAUCCGGGACUCACUCGCCCAACAGAUCGAGCCCGUCUACGGUCUAACGACGAUGCAUGCAGCCCUCCUCGCGUUCCAAGCCGAGCCGGCCCCCAUCUCAGCUACGGCACCGGCGGAGACAAAGUCUGCGACGUAUGCGUAUGGGUUGAUCGCACUGGGGAAGUUUAUCUUGAGGCUGCCGGCUGAGAUUUUGGAGGAGGAGCUGCCGAGGAUGAAGAUGACGCUUAUCACGGCGCUGAAUGAUACCACCUCGCUCGUGGUGCGCGAGUCCGCCGCCGCCGUGCUCAUCUCGGCACAGGUCGUCCUCAGGGACGAGACGCACCUCUUCGCGCUCCUGGAUGGCCUGGCGGACGAGAAGAAGAACCUGUUGACUUAUCUGUUCGAUAAGCACGGGGCGAGGGGACAGGACGAGAACGGGAGCGGUAAUGCGCAUUCGCCGUAUAAUGGGCAUGGGCACGGGCACGGGAAUGGCGCGUUGGCGGCGGCGGGUGGGGUGGAUAGGUUGGAGAGGGAGAUGAGGAGGUUGGAUGGGAGGACGAGUACGCCGCCGAGGGGGGUCGUUUGAUCUUUCCUUCUACCCCGGCGGAGUGUAUUGUAUUUCUCUCGGUUCCGUUCCGUUCGUGCGCACGCAUGCAUUACAGAUGUAAGUGACAUUGUUUUUAGAAAUAUACCUCGCCUCUAGCGUUAUGUUCGUUAUAUGUUUGCUUUGCCUCCUGUGUUCUUGUUCUUGAUGAUUAUGCUUUUCUUUCUUCUUCUUGAAGUUUGCCAGUUUUGCCUACUACUACUAAUACUUGGUAGCUUUCUUUUCUGAUUCCCUUUGAUAGCUGGCUCGCGCUUCGUCUGUGUAUCGUUACCGUCCGGCUCGGCCGUCGACUACUCACUGUCUUUAAAUGAUACCUGAAUUCGAGUCUCG